UGUAGCGGGUUGGGCCGGGUACGAAGAAGCUUCCCCCAAUACGGUACCGUUUCUUCCCAGGUUACAUUACUUCCCUUUUUUUGCUCUGUUCAAAGACACUCGGUGGCGACUAUCGGUGGCGACGGCGGCGGAACCCUGUUCAGUGACCAACCACGUAAUCUGUUGUUAUCCAUUCUUUUGAUUACUUCGUCUGAGUGAUAGGGAAAAUGGCGUUCAGAGGAAAAGAAAUGAUGAAGAAAAUUCUGAAGACGGUGGGAGAGAAUGGUUUGAAUAAAAGAGAUAAGGAAACGUUGGAGAAAUGCAUGCCUCGAAGCAAGGUUGUGAUGAAUCGCGCCAAACGUGGUCUCUUUGCCGGGCGACACAUUCAGUUUGGAAAUCGUGUCAGUGAAGAUGGCGGUAACAAGACAAGGAGAACUUGGAAACCGAAUGUCCAGGAAAAGCGGCUCUUCAGCUACAUCCUAGAUCGUCACGUUCGUGUUAAAGUGACCACACAUGCCAUCCGAUGCAUAGACAAAGCAGGUGGGAUUGAUGAGUACUUGCUGAAAACUCCUUAUCACAAGAUGGACACUGAAAUGGGCAUUCUCUGGAAGGCAAAAAUUGAGAAAUUGUAUGAAGAGCUUGGCCAAAAGGAGGUUGUAUUCUUUUCACCUGAGGCUGAAGCGAAGUUUGAGCAGGACUUUAAAGAUUUGAAACUGUCUGAAAGGGAAGCACGAAAGGAGGUCAGAAGAAAGAUGUACAAUGGGAUGAGCAAGCACGAACGGGUUCCUAUUUCGUAUAUCUUAGCUGCUGACAAGCUCAAAGCUGGAAGCGUUGUUUCUAAUUAAUGUAUUUGUGUCAACUGAUACUCGCGGUGUAAGCUUUAUUAGCUCAGAGUGUGAAAAAUCUGUUAUUUGAUUUUUGGAUCAUAGUGGUUUCUUCAGAGAUUCUUGUUGAAAAGCUUUAAACUUUGGGUAGUGAAAAGCAUAAUCUAUUAUGUCAAAAUAAUAAUAUAGUUCGAUUUUUCUAGCGAGACUGUAUUUCCCGAGGUGCAACUUGGUAGAAAUCAAUACAAAGGGUAGUGUUCUCACGUUA